AUGGAAUAUCAGAAUAGACAAAUUAUUCUAGAUCACCUCAUAUGUUCAGGGUUCUGUCCAAACUACUUGAAAUGGGUAUAUCAUGGGGAGGACACAACAGUUGCAUCAACAAGCACAACCCAUAACGAAGAAGAAAGCAUAUUUCACCAUGAAAUGCAUGAAAUGUUGAAUGAUAUUUUUGAGAUGGAAGGUGGAAGGGGAGAGGAAAUACAUGAGAAUGCCUUAAAUAAUAGUCAAGAGAUGGGAAAUGGGAGAAAUAAAUUCGAUGACCUUAUGAAGGAGGCUGAAGAGAAAGUGUAUCCGAAUUGCAAAUACAACAAAUUAUCAUGUGUGGUGUAUUUGUACCAUUUAAAGUGUCUUGGUGGUUGGAGUAACAAAUCUUUCUCUAUGUUGUUAGAGUUUUUAAAGGAUUUGUUACCUGAAAGAAAUGUGUUACCUAAAUCAACACAUCAAGUAAAAAAAAUAAUGGCUAACUUGGGAUUAGGAUAUGAAAAAAUUCAUUCAUGUCCUAAUGGUUGCAUGUUGUUUUGGGAUGACAAGGAGAAAGAUGAAGUUUGUUCUUUUUGUGGGUCUUCUAGGUGGGAAGUUCAUGAAGCUAAUCCAGAACAAGAAGUGAGUCCUCCCCAAGAGUUUACACGAGGAUCACAUUACUUCCAUGAAGAUUUUGAGAGAGAUUUAAGAGCGUAA